AUGAUUGAGAAGAGUUAUUGUUUUGCGAAUGUGUUGGAGAAGGAAAAGAUUACAAUGCUUGGCGAAGAACAUACAACUAAGAUGUUGAUUCGUAGGUGGGACUUUUGGUUAUAUUACAUUGCUUAUUUCUGUGGAGGAAUAAUUGGAUUGGUUUAUAGUAAUAACUGGGGACAAAUUUCUCAAUCACUUGGAUAUAGCUCUGAGACAAGUUCUCUUGUGACACUUUAUUCCACGUGCUCCUUUUUUGGUCGGCUUCUUGCAGCCGCACCCGACUUAUUUAGCAGCAAGACACACAUUGCAAGAACUGGAUGGUUUGCAGCAGCCUUGGUACUAACACCAAUUGCAUUUAUUUUACUAGCCAUAUCCGGUACUAAAACGGCGUUACAAUUAAGCACAAGCUUAAUUGGAUUAAGUUAUGGCUUUGUGUUUUCUGCGGCAGUAUCUAUAAUAUCGGAGCUAUUUGGUCCAAACAGUGUUGGUGUGAACCACAACAUCCUCAUCACAAACAUUCCUUUAGGUUCAUGUCUUUAUGGCCUUCUUGCAGCAUUGAUUUAUGACUCUAAGGCCACAAGACUAAGUAAGCUUAUGACAGUUCUGAAAGAAAUAAAAAUAGCAACAUUUCUGGAGACAAAUGGCUCAGAGGUGGUGGAUGCACUUAUGCAAGUCUUAUGGGGAAUUUUGGACUUUGAGCAGCCAGACACACAAACCAUGAACAACAUUGUUAUGUCUGCAGUUGAACUUAUUUAUUGUUAUGCUGAAUGCUUGACUCUGCAUGGAAAAGAUUCAGGAGUUCACAGUGUAGCACCUGCUGUUGAAUUACUCAAGAAGCUUCUUUUUUCGUCCGAUGAAGCUGUUCAGACUGCUAGCAGUUUGGCCAUAUCUUCGAGAUUGCUCCAGGUCCCUUUUCCAAAGCAGACAUUGUUAGCUCCAGAUGAUGGUGUUGAGAGUGUAGUUCCAGUUUCAGGCUCAGCUGACACAAGUGCUAGAAAUAACCAAGUCAUGGUUGAAGAAGACACUAUCACUUCAUCUGUUCAAUAUUGUUGUGAUGGUUGUUCUACUGUACCUAUACUCAGGCGAAGGUGGCAUUGCACUAUUUGUCCUGAUUUUGAUUUGUGUGAGGCUUGCUUUGAAGUACUAGAUACAGACCGACUUCCUCCACCACACUCUAGAGAUCAUCCUAUGACAGCAAUUCCAAUUGAAGUGGACUCAGUGGGAGAUGGCAAUGAAUUUCACUUCACACCUGAUGAUGUUAGUGACUCACUGCCUGUACCGGCUGAUAGCAACAUGCAGAGUUCUUCUCCCUCAAUUCAUGUCUUGGAGCCCAAUGAUUCUGGAGAGUUUGCUGCUGCAUUGACUGAUCCAGUCUCAAUCUCUGCUUCAAAACGGGCAAUUAAUUCCUUGCUACUUUCUGAAUUUCUUGAACAAUUGAAAGGAUGGAUGGAUUCAACCUCUGGAGUCCGAGCAAUUCCUGUUAUGCAGCUUUUUUACAGGCUCUCAUCUGCUGUGGGUGGACCUUUCAUAGACAGCUCAAAGCCCAACAGUUUAGAUUUAGAGAAACUAAUCAAAUGGUUUUUGGAUGAGAUUAAUCUCAACAAACCAUUUGUAGCCAGAAACCGGUCUUCAAUUGGGGAAGUUGCAAUCCUGGUCUUCAUGUUUUUCACAUUGAUGCUUAGAAAUUGGCAUCAGCCUGGUAGUGAUGGUUCCAUGCCAAGACACAGCGGAACUACUGAUGUUCAUGAUAAAAAUCAAUCUUUUGUAAAUUAUUUGAUGGAUAUACUGCAGCAACUAGUGCAUGUUUUCAGAUCUCCUAUUAACAGUGAAGGUGGACAUAGUAAUGCUGGACCUGGAUGCGGGGCUUUGCUUACAGUACGUAGAGAUUUACCUGCUGGUAAUUUUUCACCUUUCUUUUCUGAUUCUGAGCCAAGUGAGGGUGAUGCAAUUAACAUACUCAUGGGUAUACGUGAUAAAUUCGAGGAACAUCACAAAUGCAUAUAUACGGAAGAUGCCUUAAAGGCUGCAGUUCAUUUAUCAACAAGAUACAUAGCUGAUAGGUAUCUACCUAAUAAAGCUAUUGACCUCAUAGACGAAGCCGGAAGUAAAGCUUCUAUUGAAGCCUUUAAGAUGAAAAAAGAACGCAACUGUUACUUACUUUCUAUAAAAAAAAACCAGAAGUUUAUUGGGGAGAAAUUAGAAUGGUUCAGUCCAUGCUUAAAAUGGUUCAGGAGAGCAAGCUAA